GAUCGCGUCCAUAACGUUGUGAAAUACGAGUCACUUUUAUUUGGAUUUAAUUAAGAAGUUUCGUCUGUUCUAUAUUAUCCGACAUGAGCUCCCAAGAAAACUCGGAGGAAAUCAGUGGCAAGGAUAAUAAAUCUCUAACUGGUCCUGAGACUACAAAACCUACUAAACGAAAGUUAUGCGACGAGGAGGAAGCAAUCGUAGAUAGCAGUGAAAUAAAUAAACGCAGGAAAUCUGAGGACAGUCAAAGUACAGAAUCUAGCGACAAUAAUACUGUGAAAAUUGAAACAGCAGAUGCCGAAGCUACAGACGAAACAAAGCCCAGUAAUAAUAGCAUUCUAGUGGCGAUAAAAACCGAACCAGGUGGAGAGCAUGAAGACAGUGGCGUCCCUGCGGCUAGCACUAGCUCAAAUGUACCACCAGCUAUUUCAAUAAAAACGGAGGCAGCCAACAGCGAUGCAGUUGCAGUAACGGAGGCAGCCAGCAGUUCCACUGUUGUUAAAACAGAACCAACCAGUAGUCAGUCCGCGAUUGUUGAUAGCUCGGUCUCAUCCAGUACCUUACGACCAUCCUGUCGUUUCGGCAUACGAUGCUAUAGACGCAAUCCGGCUCAUCGGAAUAUAGAGGCACAUCCUGGCGAUUCGGAUUAUCGUCGCCCCAGUUAUCCAACACCACCUCUGGGCACACCAGCCUGUCAAUUUGGAAACUCUUGCUACCGUCGAAACCCAGUACAUUUUCAACAGUUUUCCCAUCCUUCGGAUUUCAAUUCCGCCCAGAACAUUCGCAAUCGCUUACGCCAGCGUCGCGCCCAGACGCAAAGUUCCAAUGCGCCGGCAGAUGAAUACUCUGAUUUUGGAUCAGACGAGGAGGAGGAUCCAUUUUACGAUCAGGGUGACUCUGAUUUGGACUAUAAGCCUGGCGCGAAUGAAGACAAAGACGACGACGACGAGGACGAUGAACUUGAAUUCAAUAGCGAGCGUCAGAACUGUGAUGAAUUUGAUUAGUUUUAUUUUUUGAGAAAUUUCGUGAUGUAAAUAUGUAAACUUCAUCUGUUAAAUAACUGAAUAUAUGUCUGUAUACUAAA